AUGCUAGGCCAGCAACGGGAUGUCGAAGUCGGUGGAACGCCUGUUGAUAUGGUGGAUUGCUACCUUUCAACUGAAGGUGGACCCUUUCCAACGGAGCAGCGUAUUAACGCCAAAGGUAACCUCGGAUUUUCCCUAGUCAUCGUACCUGUUGAGGGCAUCGACGUGUUGGUCUCUUUCAUCUUUACCGGCCUGCCGUAUUCAUUUGGAGAGCUUCGCUAUGAUGUAAUUCUGGUCAAUGACGGUGAAGAGACACUCGUCUCUGUAACGCCGCGUUUUCGCGCCACCAAUGGAGACGUUUUUGAUCUGUUCCUUUCUGGUGAGCCAUGGCUCGGCUUCUUUGAUCACACUCCGCUGACCUUGAUGACGCCGUCGUUCAAUACCAUCACGGUGCAGAUGCUUCCGGCCGCGGGCCGCGAACCACCACCGCCACCACCUCCUCCUCCUCGCCAACCCAUCCGUCCCCUGAUGCGACGGCAGGAAGAUGCGCGCUGCGUCAUCCAGCGACGCCAGGUGCAGCGUCAGGCGCAGCGGCAGGACCAGCGGCCACAGCGGCGAGUCCGAUCGGCCGCCUACAUCGCCCGGGCUCGCCGCCAUGCCGCUGAUCGGCGAGCACGUCGGAGCACUAACAAUCCACCUCCCCGUCCCACCCCACCCCCGCCCCCACCCCCGCCCACGCCCCCACCUCCUGCCCCCACUAGGUAUAAUCGUUUUCGUGAUGACGUGGAGUUGGUGUCGGAGUGUGAGUUGUCCGAGUAA